GAAGAUAAAAUAUAUGAAGCCGAAAUAGCCGAAGAACAUGUCAAGAAAAUUUUAAAUACAAUAGAUAAUGAUAAAUUUCUUAUAAGGAUAAAGUUUAUUCGACCAGAUUAUGAUAAUUUCAAAAUUGUUGACAAAUAUGAGCCCAUACGUGAGUUAAAAAAGGUUGUUAGAGCAAUUCAAAUUAAAACCUCUGAUUUUGAAAUACUUAAAAAUAAUGCAGUUGUUUAUGGACUACGAAUAAUAGAGCAUUUUGAAAAAGCAAAAAGAGGACAUGGUCUGACUAGUAUACGUAAGCAAAAAAUUGAUACAUGGGAAAAAAGAAUGUGUCAGCCUGAUGCUCGGGUAGAGGAUGUAGCAGAAUUAGAAAAAAUACUUAAGAGGCCAAUCAAAUUGCUUGAUAUUACUCAUGGGACCAUUUUUAAUAAUCGAAUAGUAGAAUAUUAUAAUGAUAAUGCAUGGAAUACUAUCAAUAAAGCUCUUCAAGAUCCACAAGGCAAUAUGGCUUAUUGGACUCGAACUUGGAGAAGGCAAAACACUAGAAGAAAUCCAAUCAGUAUCGCAGAUGCGGUAGACUGGCAACUUCAGGAAGGAAUAAUUAGUGAAGAAAAAGAGCAGGAAUUUCUAGAAUCACUAAAAAAUACUAGCAUACAUAAAAAUAUAAAGCAAUCUUGUGUUGAGUAUAGGUAUAGAGGACGCUGGAAUACACCUAACUAUCAAGUCAAAGAAGUUGUAUGUAUAGAUAUAAAGGAAUAUUACCCAGCAAGUAUGUAUGGUCAAGGAGAGUGUUUACCAUGGUUUAAGCUAUUUGGACAUCCAACACAUCAUCUUGUUCGAGUAGCAGUAAAUGGAAAAUUGCCACAAGAUGAUAUAACUAGAUUUGUACAGAUAAGAUCUUUCAAAUUUGUUCUUUAUAUUCAUCCAGCAAUUCCUGUUUGGUAUGGAAAACACUUUGCUUGUCAAAGUGGAGAAGAAUGUGGGAAGGUAAAAGGCUGGACACCUAUUGUACUUCUACGAUAUCUUCUCGAAGCAGAUAUCCUAAAAAGUGUAACUAUAGGAGAAGCUAUUAUUUCUCUUACCAAGCAAAAGAAUGUUGAAGAAAAAUGCCUUACUUAUCGAGUUGUAAUAGACGAAGGAGAACUUGAUUUCUUAAUUCAGGAUUGUAUUAAAGAGGGAACAUAUGCUGCUUCAAUGUUAGCUUACGCCCAUAUAAACUUACUGGAAAUGUUUCGAAGAUUUGGCCCUAAUGAAGUACAAGUUAAGCAAAAGAUUAGCUAUCCCAAAGAUUCGGUAAAUACUAAAUCGGUUAAAGUAUUCCAAAAAACUAAAAUGCCUUUAGCGGUAGGAGAAUAUUUUUCAUAUAGCAAACAUAAACCAUUUGUUUGUCAUGAUUGCUUUUGGGAUUGGUAUGUUUAUAAAGGUUUUUGGGAAGUUAUCCCUGAUAAGAAGCCAUCUAGCAAUACUAAAAUACAGUCUAGACAAUGGCGUGAUAAUGGAGAAAAAAUUUAUGGUCCAGAUCCUAAUGUUGUAUACUGGGCAAAAAAUAGGCAUUGGGAAUCGAUUAAAGAUAUUAUCGAAAGUACUGCUUCAUCAAUUCAUGAUCCUAUUACAAGAUCCCGAGUUUUUUAUCUCAAUGGAGGUGGUGGUUCUGAAAAGACAACAUGUGCAAUUCGAAUCUUCAAAGAUAUAAACAUGGUUGUUUUCACCCAUACAAAUGUGCUAGCUAAAGAUUUCCAAAAUGACCAUAAAGUAAAAGCCCAAACUUGGCAUAGCUUCUUUAGAUGGAAUGGCAUAGGAGAAUAG